CACGUUAAGUUGUGAACUAGAACAUGAAUGAAGGACCAUCAGACAGCAUGUUGUCAUUCGUGGCGAAGACACUGUGCUGUGAACUGAGUGAGAAGUUUACUUCCACUAUGCCUCGGGUUGUACCCGAUCAAAGGGCAACAUUUGAUAACGAUGAACUAUUUCGAAAAUUGAGUAGAGAGAGUGAGGUGCGGUAUACUGGUUUUCGUGAUAGACCUCUGGAUGAACGCCAGUUGAGGUUUCAAGCCGAGUGUAGGGAAGGGCACGCAGAUCUGGCAUUCGUUGGUACCGGCACUAAUCUCCAAAUGAAUUUUGUCGCCAACUCAUGGUCUGAAAGCCCUGACGACCGACGACUCACCAGGGAAUUUGUGAAUUUUGACAUUGAGCCCGGCAAGGUUCAUCUGAAAAGUCAGUUCAUACUCAAUGGUGUCUGUGUACUGUGGAGAGGAUGGGUCGACUUAUCUCGCUUAGAUGGUGUUGGUUGUUUGGAAUUUGAUGAAGAGCGAGCACAGGUUGAAGACGCGUUCCUGCGAGAACAAGUUGAGCUGCGGAACCGUCAGGUGCAGGAGAGACUGCGUAUUCACCAGCAGGAGCAGCAACGCCAAGCGGAGUCAGAGGCCGAGGCCGUGUCCAAGAGAAAGAACCGGCACAGAGUGAGGCAGACAAGCUCCACGUCUACCAACUCCGUCACAAGCACCGACUCCUUCCCCAUCAACUCCAGCAGUAGUCGCAACAACAGCAACAGCGGCACUGUGGACAGCCGACGAGCCCGGCGCUCCCUCCACCAUCCUCUGCAUCAUCACCACCAUCAUCAGCAUCAUCGUCAUCAAGGACAUCAACGGAGUGACCCCCUCGAACAUAACUUUCUCAAUCACCAUCACCACCACCACCACAGUCGCCAUCAUUUUCUCCACCACCACCUCCUACACCGCCCUCUGCAUUUGCACCAACUUCUCCACGCCGAACAACUUCAGCACCACAGCAAACUCGACAUUCGGCUUGCUGUGCCCAGGACGCCCACACCCCCACCGAGGUCGCCAACGCCCCCUCGCCGCUCACCGUCCCCUCCGGCCAAAUGCAGAAGUCCAGAGUCACCAAGCGACAGAGAAAGGCGGUCUCAGAGCAAG